AUGCCGGUGGUUGUGGUCAACGGAGACUCGGAUUUCGAUAGAAAGUUUUCAGCGGCAAAUGGGAAGGCUGUGUUUGUGGACUUCACUGCUUCCUGGUGCGGCCCUUGCAAGUAUAUUGCUCCAAUCUUCGCUGAUCUAGCCAACCAAUACAAAGGCUCUGUGUUUUUGAAAGUCGAUGUAGAUGAAUGCCGUGGAACCGCUGCCACAUAUGGAGUCAACGCUAUGCCAACCUUUAUUGCAUUCGUCAAUGGACAGAAGAAGGAAACACUUCAAGGCGCCGAUGAGAGUGGACUGAGAAGCAUGUGUUCCAAAUACGGUUCUACAAGUUCUGCCUGGUCAGGAUCCGGUCAGCGUCUCUCUUCCACCGCUGGCUCUUCUACUGGAGCCACCACAGGAUCUACUGCUCCACCACAAAGAGCUGCUGCUCCAGCUGGACCAACUCCUCUUGAGCCAAUUCUUCAAUUUGCCGAUGUCAUCAACCAACGUCUCAAUGGAUUGGGAAUCCCUAACUUGGACGCUGGUGGCUUCCAAAUUCAACCAUUCCAUAUGGCUCUUGGCCUUAUUUUGCUGUUCUUCUUCGGACCGUUCGGUGCUCUGAUCGCUUUGGCCAUUUGCUUCUUCACUCAACAACGAGGUGGAGCUCCAGGACAACCACGUGGCGCUGCUCCAGGAGGAGCAGGAGGAGGAGGAGGAGGUGCCAACCGUCAGCAACCACCACCAAGAGCAGUAUUCGGAGGAUCUGGACAACGACUAGGAGGCAACUAA